AUGCUCCGCCAACUCUCGGCGUUGGCCACACGCAGAGCAUGCGCCUUCAGUGCAAGCGCGUCUGUCCUCACCGGAUCUACCGCCUCCAGCACCUUCUGUUCCACCACCACCCCCGUCCGUCUGUACUCGAGUGGCAACAAGGACUACUACAAAACCCUCGGCGUAGAUCGAAAUUCCGACUUGAAGGAGAUUAAGAAGGCUUACCGGAAGCGUGCGCUAGAGACCCACCCAGACCAGGGCGGGAACAAGGAGGAGUUUGCAGAGGUGGCCGAGGCGUACGAAGUGCUUAGUAACCCCGAGAAGAGGAAGGUGUACGACCAGUAUGGCUCCGAGGCGGCCACAAACCCAAACAUGGGUGGCCCAGGCAUGAGCGGCUUUGGCGCUGGGGGACGCUCCGCUGAGGAUAUCUUUGCCGAGUUCUUCCGCGGCGGAAUGGGUGGGAUGGGCGGGUUUGGCGACAUGUUCGGCGGAGGUCCUGGUGGUCGUCAGGGAACGCCUACCCUCCAGCCGCUGGAGGUGCGCACGCGGUUGACUCUGGAGGAUGUGUACAAGGGCGUGACCAAGACCAUGCGUGUGAACCGCCCGCAGGUGUGUUCAGAGUGUAAGGGCUUCGGCAGCAAAAGCAAGACAGAGAAGCCAAGGUGCACCCAGUGCAACGGCUCCGGACACGUAGUCCAACAACACCGGAUGGGACCCGGCAUGGUGCAGCAGACGAUCUCCGAGUGUCCGCGGUGUCGCGGGACCGGUUCAAUGGCGAAGCCCGAGGAUCAGUGUCCUAAGUGCCACGGCAAGGGCUACCGCACCGUAUCGCAGGACGUCACGAUUGAGAUCCCAGCCGGCGUGCCGUCGAAUGUGACUCUCGUAGUGCGCGGCGAGGGCGGCACGAUACCUGGUGCGCCGCCUGCAGACAUGCACUUGCAUGUCGAGCUGAGUCCCCACCGUCUCUUUCAGCGCCGCGGCAACGACCUCAUUGUUAAUAAGGACGUGACGCUGCAGGAGGCGCUUCUGGGAUUGCAUAUGCCACUGAAAUUACUUGACGGUCGCACGGUCAACGUUGAAACGACGGCUGAUCAAGUCUUAAAGCCAGAAGGAGUGAUCAAGAUAACUGGAGAGGGUUUGCCUGGCACCUCCGGAGAGCGCGGCGAUAUCUACAUCUUCACCCACCUCAAGAUGCCCAACAAGCUGAACGAGGAUCAAAAGGAGAACAUCAAAAGCGCGUUUGGCGCACCCGGGAGAGAUGCGUCAGCGUCCCCAGGCAAUACCGUGAGGGCGAGGGUGAUGCGCGAGUCUCGUGAGCAGCUGGAGGAGCAGAAGCGUAGCCUGUGGGCCUCGCAAGAGAGUGGUAGCUACAGCGGCGGUAGCGGUGGCAGCUCUCGCCGCUCCGCAGGAAGUACGCCUGGUGGUGGUGCACAACAAGUGGAGUGUGCGACACAGUAA